CCACCCUUGCAAAUAUUUCACUCUUACAGAUGAGGUGCAUUCAGGAUUGAAGAAUGGCCCAGGACACUACAGUGACCAAACUGAGCUUGGAAUAUUGGUUGGAUAAAGCUAUUAAAUGGGGUCAAGCCACCACACUGGAAUCCCAGAAGGAUGUGUGCCUUCAUUUGCCCCAGCUCCAGGAGUUUCUACAUCAGAUUUAUGAAACUUUAAAACAUAUGGAUUCAAUUGUAGCAAUUCAGCAAUUUCCUUUAAUUGGCCAGCUUCUAGGAAGGCUUUGUUGGAAUCCUUUUGUUGUAGGAUAUGAUGAAAGCCAGAAGACUCUGAUGUGGUGCUUAUGUUGUCUAUACAGCAGUGAACCACAAAACCCUGUGGAAUUGAAGGCCAACAGCUGGAUACGGAGUUUGCUGUGCCAUCUCCUUUCUUCUUCUAAGUGGGAAAGUAAUGAAGCUGAAACCAGUGCAUUUGUAUCGAGUCUUGGCUACACAUCAGCAGAUUAUUAUUGUCAUUUAGUUAAAGAGAUGGUCCACUCAUUAGAAAUGGAACUCAGAGGAUAUCAGUUCAAUGGACUUAACAUUCGAGGGAGUGUUUCAGCCCAUCGGGUGAAUGCUGUGUCCUGUUUCUGUCUUCCUCUCAUUACUUUGCCUGAUGUAGCUCCAUUGCUGGAAGCUCUCCUUCUUUACCACGGAGGUGCAUCAGAAGAAAUUCUUAGUUCAGAGUUUCUGGAGGCUGUGAAUGAGGCCUUUUUAAAGAAGAAGAUCUCCCUCUCUGAAUCUUGCAUCUUCAGCCUUUGGCUUCGUCACUUACCAAGCCUGGAAAAAGCUACACUUUGUCUUUUAGACCAGUUGGUUUCUGCUCAGUUGAGUUCACUGGAAGAAGUGGCUUCUGUCAUAAAAGACUCGUUACUGCCACAAGCAGCAAGUCAUCCUGCCAUUUUCAGAGUUGUUAAUGAAAUUUUCAAGAAUGCUCUGCUGGAAACUGAUGGAACUCCAGAAGUUAUGACCAUAGUACAGGUGUUUACGCAGCUCUUCCUACAGGCUCACCAAAAUGAAAACGAGCAGCAUAAAUUCCCACUGAAGGCCUACUUCUCUUGCCAUCACCAGCCUCUUGUAACAGCUUUACUCAAACAUCCUUUUGAACUGCCAACUGCACUCUGGUGUCAACACUUGAAUCAUAUUUCAGAUAUGCUCAGAGCACUAGUAGAGGAUACAAACAAUAGUUCCCUUGCUGACCUUUUUGAAAUCUGGUUUUUGGUUACUUGUUUUGGAGAAUGGAUUGAUACUGCAGCAGAGCAACUACUGAAGGCUGCUGUAGACCAAAAGGCUUUGCUGUGGCUGCUGGCAUUUUACUACUGUCCUCAGAAUGAAAAUCAACAAAGAACUCAAACAAUGGUAGAAGCUCAAGCAGUCUAUAGUCAUCUAAUGAUGCUCUUCAAUUGUGAAGUCCUUUCUGUUAAAGACCUGGAGGCUGCUGUACACAGUGUAACCAAUAUAGAGCAGUGCUGUAACCCACAUCUUAUAACACAUCUUCUUACCAACUUUUUGCUCUUUUCUUCUGGUGGACAUACGAUUGCCCAGGCAUUUAUUUACCAUAUUAUUGAAGCAACUGGUACAAACAAAGAAGUUAGUAGUCUUCUUAUCCGUACAGCAUACAGAAUUAACCGUAAUGGAGAAGAAAACCAAAGGACUGUGAAGCUGCUGAAUGAACUUCUUCAAAAAGUAACUCUGAAAAAUUAG